GGAGCCGUCAGUGCGCCACGUGCUGUCGACGCGGGAGGGUGCGCGUCUUCGUGUGUGAGAGUGCGUUGUUUGUUGUUGCCUACCUGCUCGUCGAAUGCCAUACGUGUCAACUGCGAACGCCCGUAUACGUCAAAGUGAUAACAGGAUUUCGUUGGUGGUGUCGAUCGACCGAGAGAAGGAUAUUCGGAAUCGCGGGUCAACCUGACGUAGGAUUAUUUUUCCGUUGUCAACGGUCGUCGAGUGCAUCCUCUGACUUUCUCGUGCAACGAGUAAUUUCUUCUUUUUUAUUUUUUUUUUUUUCACACCUUUCGAAUCGAAGUGCCCACCCGCGUUGCGACGCAGUUUCUACAUCGAUAACGCGGAAAUCCCAUUGCGGAAGAGAUGCACCGAGGCGAUUGAUAAGGGUCGUUCCUCUUCGGAGUCCUUGGAAAAAUGACCCCGCUAUGGAACGGAGAUAAGAAGGACGAGGGUAGCCGUUUGAUCGAGAAAAUGAAAAUUAUUCAAAUGCGAUAAGAGAGGCAGCAGGAAUAGAAGGAAGACGUACAAUCACUUGCGAAAAUAAAGAGGAUGUUUCUACAAAAUGCAGAUCGUGUAUAAAGUUUUUGAGUUUGAACUGAGUUCAAACGAAAAUGUUAGUGGUAUUGUUUCAGUAGUAAAUUUUAACACGGGGAACAUUAAUUAUCCCGGUGCAGCUGUGGUAGCGAUGCACUGCAAAAGUUUCAAGUGUCACUGAAGGAUUAAAAUCAUUGGGAACCACUGCUACUUGUGGUAAGUAGUGGCGUCCGAUCGUUUGAAAGCCAAGUCCUCGAGGCGUCGAGUCCCGGCCCUACAGACCGGAAACAUGCGAAGCAAACAACAACCAAGGCCCUCCUUCCGGUGGCCCCAGCAGCGUGGCGGCGAUAACCUCACCGGGGAGGAAGGUGUGGAGGGAUCUGGUCCAGGAACGGACCUCCAGGGCGAGGAGGGAGACUGCGCCGAUGAAGAUGGCCCCGUGAGUCCCGGAGAAAGGGGUUGCGGCGUGCCGACCACCAAGGAAGAGGAGGAGGGCUCGCCCUCGGAAGAAGAAGACGAAGAGGAACCUCUGACGUCUACUCCGCCGCCGUCGGCAUCGCCCUUGGCUACCGCGCGCCUCAACCCUACCGGACUGCGAGACACCGGCCCGCCCGACAGGGAGUCAAUGAGUCCCCGCUGCCCAUCGAGAGAGUCGCGGGAAUCAUCCGGUCCUGCAACCGGAAGUCCUCCUCUCCUGCCGAGGAGUACCGCGAGUCCCGUCAGUCCGAGCGGUUUGGUACCGUUGCCUUUAGGAGCUCACCCUUUGCUGCCACCGCAUUCAGCGGCAGUAAUGGCGGCUUACAUUCAACAAACCCACCAACGACUCCUUUUGGGUCAUUCCCCGUUAUCGAGGGGGUCCGUUUCGCCCCUGGUAUCGUCCUCGUGUUCUCCGCCAGCGGCGACCCCGGGACUCCUGGUAUCCCCGAACAGCGGGGGGGACAUGUCCCCCGGCGCCACGACGCUUCCCGCUGUGCUGGACUUCAGCACUCGGAAGGCUUCGUCGACGGAAGAAGACGAAGACGACACGGCGUUGAAUUUGAGCAAACCACCGACACCGUCUUCCUCUUCGGAGACCAACAACGGUCCCCUGGAUCUAUCGGUUCCGAGUCGAAAGCGACCGGGAACCGAAGAUUCCCCUCCCCCACCGCCGCGAAAAUCGUCGAGACUCGCGUCCGCGACACCCCACCAAGAAGCAUACGGAAGACCGGUAGUCUCGCCAUGGACGUCUCCCGUAGUUGCAUCGCAUUUUCCGUACUUCGCCGCGGCGGUCGCAGCGGCUACUAGUCAGCAACAAUUAUCCCCGAAAGCUUCCGGGGGUGUGGAACAGCACCAGCAAUUGUGGAAUGGUAAAAUGAAACCACCGGCGGCUUUGGAAAAACCCUAUCAACCCAGCGACGCGACGAAAGCGUUGGAAAAGAUGAGCGAAUUGAGCAAACUCGGGGGUGACGAUCUGUACAGACCCGGAGGAGGAGGAGGAGGAGGAGGCAACGUAAACUCCGGAAGCAGCGCGACGGGUUCCAGUAGCCGACACAGCGCGUGGCAAUCCCAUUGGUUGAACAAGGGUGCCGAUCAAGCCAAGGACGUGCUGAAGUGCGUUUGGUGCAAACAGAGUUUCCCGACUCUAGCCGCGAUGACGACGCACAUGAAGGAGGCGAAACAUUGCGGUGUCAAUAUGCCGGUACCACCACCUCCGUCGGGUCACCAUCAACAGCAACAACCGCCUCAGAAUAUGCCGCAGAUUCAAGCACCCCAACAUCAACCGCAGACGUCGACCAGCGGUGGUACGGGAACACCGAGUAACAAACAGAGUCCUUCGGAAUUGAACCUUCUCAUAAAGGAGACGAUGCCGUUGCCCAGAAAACUCGUACGAGGACAAGACGUCUGGCUCGGCAAAGGUGCCGAACAAACGCGGCAAAUUUUAAAGUGCAUGUGGUGCGGUCAGAGUUUCCGAUCGCUCGCCGAAAUGACCUCCCACAUGCAACAGACGCAACACUACACGAACAUAAUAUCCCAGGAGCAGAUAAUCUCGUGGAAAUCGUCCGACGAGAACAAAGGCGGUGGCGGUAGCGCGGGAGGCGGCGGAACCGGCGGAGGUCCACCUUCCGGCGGAGGUAGCGGUCACACCGGAAGCGGUGGACCGGUGUCGGGAGCGACGAGUAGCCACGUGAGCGCCGUUUUGACGUGCAAGGUGUGCGACCAGGCGUUCAGUUCUCUAAAGGAACUCAGCAAUCACAUGGUGAAAAAUUCUCAUUACAAGGAGCACAUUAUGCGCUCGAUAACCGAAAGCGGAGGUCGUCGUCGUCAGACUCGAGAGAAGCGAAAAAAGUCACUCCCGGUGAGGAAGCUUCUGGAGUUGGAGAGGGCGCAGAACGAGUUCAAAAACGGCGACGCUUCCGUAGGUCUGGGUCACACGCUCGGCAAACACGCCGGUAGAAUCACCUGCGAAAAAUGUGGCGAUAAAAUCGAAACAACGAUAUUCGUUGAUCACAUACGACAGUGCAUCGGCGCCGGAGUCGUGGGUAUAAAUCAGAGGAACUUUCUCAAGAACGCUCUCAUGUCGAAUCACGCCAUACCGACCGGACCGGCGGAAAGUGGAAGAAAAUCGGUGAGCGAAGACGCGUCUUCCGUCUCAUCGAGGCACCACAGAUCCCCGUCAUCGGCCAGUGACACCACGACACCGGGAAAGGAAACGCCGACGCCAACCCCAACGGAAAACACGAACUCUUCGCCGUCGGUGUUGAACGCCAUUGAAAAGUUGAUCGAAAAGAGUUUCGAUUCUCGGGCGAGACACGGCACUUCCGGUCUUCAUCAUUCGCAGGCCGGUGCUCCGAUGGGAUCCAGUAUUCUGAAACGGCUCGGAAUCGACGAGAGCGUCGAUUACAUGAAACCCCUGGUAGACCCACAGUCGAUGAACCUCCUUCGCUCGUAUCAACAGCAACAUUACAACGCCGCGGUAGCCGCGAGGCGGGAGAGAAGCGGCAGUGAAUCCAGUUCGAUAUCGGAGAGAGGAAGUGGCCGGACAGACGCCAUGACGCCCGAACGUAGGUCAAUGGAUUUGUCCGUUGGUCACGACAGAUUGUCGCAUUCGCAGCAACAACAAAGUCAACAUCACCACCGCGUAACACCGGACAAACAACCCUCGCUCGCGGUCCGUCUUCAACAACAACAACAACAACAACAGCAGCAACAACAACAGCAACAUCCCGAGGAGUCAGGUGACGAGGAUAAUCAGGGACCCGUGAUCAAAAAAGAGCCUCGCGAAGAUGACGGUGAAAACGCGGUUUCCGGCGUCACGGAGGACAACCAGGAUCAGAGGAGGGAUCGUGACGUGGUGGUCAAAAAAGAGGUGGAGGAUCGCGACGACGACGAUCACCAGGGGAUCUACAACCAUCAACGGCGCGGCAGUCAUCACGAAACGACGACACCGAAUACGACGACGACGACGACGACGACAAGUGCGGAGGACGACAGGGCGGCGAUGUCACCCCCGGUGAAUCCUCCCACCCCGAGACCCUCGGGUGUUGAACAGGUGGCUAGAAGUCCCUGCCGAAAUAGUACAAGCAGUCCGACGAGUAGCGACCGUUCGGUGACACCUCGAGGUACGCCGGACACCAAAACUUCGAGUAGUUUGGGCGCGCUGUCCUCUAUGUUCGACAGUCUCUCCGGAGGAGGCGGCGGAGGAUCCGGUGGAGGUGGUACCGACUCACAGGGUCGUAAAACUAGCAGUCAUCCUUUAGCGGCGUUACAAAAACUUUGCGACAAAACGGAAACCCGGAGUUCGAAUUCCGGGAAUUCGAGAAGCGGUGCUGGCACCUCGUCGUCUCAUGGUCAAAGCGGAAGUGUGGGUGGGGGUAGCGGUAGCGUUAACGUAUCUGGAGGAGGAGGAGGAGGGGGGGCGAACGUCGUUGCGGGAGGGGGAGGAUCCGGCGGCGGAGGAGGAAACGGAAGCGGUUCCGGAAGUCAAGGUUCUGGUCCGACUCCGGGUGCUAUUCUCGCCUUCAGCUGGGCGUGUAACGACGCCGUAGUGACCGCUGACUCGAUAAUGAAAUGCGCCUUUUGCGACACACCCUUCAUUUCCAAGGGGGCGUACAGGCACCACCUGUCGAAAAUGCACUUUGUGAAGGACGGCGUCAUACCCGACCCGAUGACGAUCGGUAGGGCGCAGAAUCAAGCUCAAUCGUCGUCGGGAUCGACGGGUCACGCCGCGCCAUCGCCACCUUCCCAAAGGAACAAAUCACCCCCCAUCGCACAGCCGAACGGAAGUCCCUCCCAACCGGCACCCUCCCCGUUAGAGGAAAGCCCACAUUCUAAGUUCUUGAAAUACACGGAACUCGCCAAGCAAUUGUCCAGCAAGUACGUAUAGUCCGGGUCUUCUUCUAAUUCUUAUAAUUCUUCUCUCAAUCCUACUUUCCCAUACUACUCCUGAGGAGGAACUCCCGGACCAAACAUAUUCCCCCUGUAAAUAGAUAUAUUUAUAUUAUUAUUACGAUUGUCAUUAUCAUCAUCAUCAUCAUCGUCGUCAUUAUCAUUACUAUUUCUAUUACUAUUAUUGCUGUUAUUAUUAUCAUUAUUAUUAUUAUAAUCAUCAUCGCUGUUAUUAUUGUUAUUAAUAUUGAUAUGAUUUUCAUUAUCAUUGUCUCCGUUUCUCUACUUAUUACCGUUGCUGCUGCGACACACCUGCAGCCACGUGUUAUGCACGCCAUGGUGAAUUUAACACGUAUGAAUUCGAGGGGGGUAGAAACGGGGCGUGCAGGGUUUCUGUGCAGCAGUUUCAGUAUGGGAAGAGGAGCGGAAAGUAGAGGAGAGGAGAGGAGAGGAGAGUAGUAACAACCGUACGUUCAUAGCGUAGCGAGAUUGUUAUUAUUUUAGUUGGUUCGCGUUCCAGCAGCAACGAACGAUAUACGCUAAUUAACGCUGUGUGCAACUGUAAAGUUUAUAUUUUUAUGAUAAUGACCCGCGUGGCCCCCACCACCCUCCGAUUUAACGUCUUUUAUUCGUACUGAACUUCAUCGAGAAUGUCACGUAGAAGUGAUUCAGGUGCUGCAGCUGUUGGUACAACGUUUACCUGCCGUGCCGUUAAUAUCGGUCCGCACCUCAUCUCUUAUUGUUAGUAUCGCGACGGAUAUUGAUUGAUAUUCAUCGAAAGAGACACUAAAUUCAAUUAAAAUAAAUAUAAUAAUAGUAACGAUAGUAAUUUUUGAAAAAAUUCAACGCGUGGAGGGCGGUAAGAGGGCGUCGCGACGCUUCGUACUGUCAUUCCUCUAUAGAAAUAUGUCCGCCGCCGAGAUGCGGUGUGCCAAAAUGAAAAAUAUGAAAAAAAUUAAUUGAAUAAAUAAAAUAUGUUUCGCACAUGUGUAACGUUGAAAAAAAAAAAAAUUAUGCAUGAGUUAAAAUUCUUAGGUAUCAAAUAAAAUACCUUGUAUACGUGAGGGAUUAUACCAUUUGAAUUGUAAUUGAAAUUGUAAAGGGAUGAGUAAAAGUAAAGAAAAACUAUAACUGAAUCAAGAUCUACGAAUGCAUAUUGAUAUACAUACAUAGAUGAUACGUUUGUAUGUAUAUUAUUUAUAUAUUCAAACGAGACAAUGAUUACUACGACGUGUAAGGUUAAUUAAUAAUUGUGAUGCCACCAUAUCUCGCGGCAUUGCCGGGUCCGUGGUGACUCGGCGCGCCAAGUUUGUGAUUUUAUAAUAAUUCUUAAGAAAUUAAAUAAUUAAUUCGACUAGUAAUCGCUUGCCUAUUCGCCGGUCCUUCGGGCGGGCGGUUGGGUCGUCAGCAUGUAUACCCCAAUAUUGAUAUAGGUUACGAUUAGUAAUUAAGGCGUAGUCUCAUAGCAUAGGAUAGGGUAGAGCCUCUGUAAAGGAAUCUCUUUGUUGAUACUUACUAAUACGCUAUCUCGCAUCGAGUGAAUGAUAAUUAUUUAUAAAUAAUAACGAACGUGACGACCGUCUGUCAUAUAAAUGCGUAUAUACCAUACAUUCGUUUGAACGAAAUACACGUACGUAUGAUGUAUACCAUAUCGAAGUCUACGCGUAUUCAAGAAUAAUGAAUAAUGAAUAAUAAUGGAUAAAUAAUUAAAAAACAAACAAAUAUAACUAUACAUAAAAAAAUUAACUCGGUGACGAUGACGAAUACUGCGCUGAAACAAAUAAUGAAGAUGAAAAUAUUAAUAACAAUAAUAAUAAUAAUAAUGAUUACAGUAAUAACAAUAACGAUACAAUAAUAUUAAUAUUAAUGAUAAUUACAAUGGAAGUGCACGUGCGAGUGCAAUAUUAUUGAAGAAAAAAAAAUUUAUUAUUGCAAUUACACACAUAUAUAUAUAAUCAUACAUAUAUAUAUAUAUAUAUAUAUAUAAAUAGUAUUAAUUGUUUAAUGAUGAAAAAUAAUAAUUUAAGACAGAAACAUGGAUGAAAAUAAAAAAAAACAAAAAAAAGAAUUGUGUAGACACCCAUUGUAAAUUUUAUUUGUUCAAAUAUUUAUUGCGCCAAUUAAGCCCAUGCGUCAUUAUGUGUAAAAUAUUGUCAUUAUUAUCAUUCGAGUUAUUAUAAUAUUGUGUACAUUAAUAAUUAUUAUAUAAUAUAAACAAAUAAAAUGAAAAUAAUAAUAAUUAUAAUAAUAGUAAUAACAGUAACAUUAAUAUUAAUAAUAAUAUUAAUAAUAACGAUAAUAUUAAUUACAACAAUAAUUAUAAUUAUUACAAUUAUGAAAAUAAAAAUAAUAACAAUAAUAAUAACAAUAAUAAUAAUAAUAAUGCAGUGAUAUCGAGAGCGGGGUGUCAAAAAAGAAAGAAAAAAAAAGUAGAAAAAAAUAUACACAUACAAAAGAUAGAAACGAACGAAAGCGGAGAAAAGUAGAGAGAGAGAGAGAGCGAGAGAGCGAAAAAAAGUAUGAAAGAGAGAAUGAAAUGAAUGAAUGUGAGUGAAAUUGAGACUGAUUGCGAAAGGGAGAGGAAGAAAAAAAGAAAAGGAGAAUAUAAAGAUCGAGGGAUGAAACUUCCAUGGAAUGAAUCAGUGAGAGAAUGUAAAAGAAAUUGAUGUUCGGAGAGAAAGGUGCAGGGCCCCGAGACACACUUGUAUACGUAUAUCUUGUAAACUCUAAUUCUUCCAUCGCGGACUUUAAAAGUAUUUAUCAACAUAAUAAUAAUAUUAUUAUUGUAAUUAUAUACGACUGCUGAGAGUGUGAUGAGCGAACACGAAUCAACACACGUAUAUAUUAAUAAUUACUUAAAAACACACACACAUCCAAGCAAAAAAGAAAGAACAAGAUGGAGACGAGAAACGAAAUGGGAAAAAAAAAAAGAAAAAGAGAAAAAAAUGUAUUGAAAAAUAUAUAUGUAUAAAAAAUUAAAAGAAAGAAAAAAGGAAAGAAUGAAACCAACAACAAAUAUGCAUCAUGUAUACGCGACUCUUGAAACCAUUUUACCAGAUUUGUCAUUAUUUAAUUAUUUCGGUUGUAUUUUAAAAUGCAAUUAAAGCUCAAAUAAAUAUAUAUGUUAUAAACUAAAAA